GCGGUACGUCGACCGGUUAGCUAAAGCGAAGCCCAUAUCCUGGUGCACCACUACAGUAAUAUACUCCAGCUCUAAGUGCCAUUUCUACUGGUCUAAGGUUUAUGGCUGAUGGAGAGUAUUCGGAGAACAUUUCCGGCAUGACAGAUGCAUUCAUCAGGAAGCCUCUAUUUGGAUCACAUGACAGGUUGCAUACCUCUGCCAACUUUUUGUUCUCCUAUGGUGCGAUGGUAUUGAGCAGUCACAGCAUACAGUCUGCAACAUGGGUUUCCUGGAUUGGUUGUUGCAGAAAUUCCCACGCUGGAGACUGCACAUCCCACGGCAAAGACAAUUAUCAAUAUUGGAAAAGUUGCCGCCUGAACUCAUAUGGUGCAUCACGGAUUUCCUGGAGAAGCCAGAUAUCAUCUGCUUGACUCUGUGCAGCUAUACCCUACUCAAUGUUAUCAGAAAGCCAGCCUUACCAACAGGUGACAGUUCAUUAAGGCUAGCUAUUCUUACCAGAAUAGCCGGCGAUUUACCAACCAUGUUUUGCUGCCACUAUUGUGUCAAGCUGCAUCCAACUGCAGACAUCCAUCACCCGGCAUCAACCAAAACAGACAUCUAUCACAAGUGCCCAGAUAUAGGGCUAUUACGCACCAAGCCUUCACCAAACUAUCUUCUGCUUUUCUUUCAAGUCCAUGGCAUGUCAAGUUUAUAUCGUUUCCGGCACUGUCAUUUAACGGCUGUGAUGAAAAACCACUAUCAUGGUCACCCACACGGAAGGGCGGUCGAGCGAUUGGCCUACACAGAGGUUAUGGAUUGGAAAUUCUAUCCAGCGACCACCACAUUACUCUCCGUGGAAGGGCGGGUCUGCUCGCUGGAUGAGGAACGCUCGACAUUAGUCCUCCAGAUACAAAACUGGGUGCUUUUUCAUGAUGAUCCGGAUGUCAACACAGUCAUGUCAACCCUCGGGAAUAUAUGGAUCUGUCGGCACAAUAGAUUAGACUGCAAUGCCAGUGGGUUUGAUAUCCGUUCUGCCAUCCAAACGCGGGGUUUCCGUCUGGAGAAAAGCAACACUUUUGAGUGUAUGGGCUGUCCAAUUUGCGGCAUUGAAUUCCAAUUUGACCUCCGAGACUGUGGGACAGAUGGAAAGGCAGUGUUGGUGACUAAAUGGCUGGAUCUUGGGGCUGGAUUGGGCUUCAAUGACCCAAAGUGGAAGCGCAUUAUCCCUGAUAUUUUAGAAUACAGAGAAAGAAGACAGUUAAUCACGAGUUCAGGGGAUAUUGGGCGACUGUUCCGGGAUGCCUCAUGCAUCGAGGGUCAAGCCAGCAAUCCGACAGAACGGAAUCAGUCAUACUUGAUGGGGAAGCGGUACCGUCGCCUGAUGUCCCCAAAGCUCGGUAACAUGUACUGGGCGCUAUUGUAACCGCAGUUCAGACCUUGAUGUUAAUGAGGAUAC